AUGGUCGGGCAAAAGAGGAGUAAACUCAAAGAAGCGGCUCCCGAUCCGUUUCGGUCUUCUCGCAACAUGCAGUCUAAGCGGCGGCGCCGGGCCACCGGAGCUGGGGAACCGGAGAUGGAAGAGGAGCCGCAGGAGGAGGUGGAAAAGCAGGAGCUGCUUCGGCAGCCUUCGCCCGUCGGCGGCGGGAGCUUGCUAGGGGGUGCCCGGAAAUACUUGUCGCGGAGGACCCGAAAGCUGAACCCCGCGAAUUGCAUUAGGCUGGAAGUGGGCCCAAGGACCCUUCUACUCGGCCGCUUCCAAUUCCUCCAUCGUUUCCUGGAUCAGCUCCGCGAAAAGGUGCAAAAGCUGCAGACGUAUAAGUUUUCGAGCAAGACCAACAUGGGCAUAGCUGCCUUUGUGGGAUUUUUACACUGGAUACAUUUAAUAACACUUUUUGAAAAUGAUCGCCAUUUUUCUCACCUCUCAUCUUUGGAACGGGAAAUGACUUUUCGCACUGAAAUGGGACUUUAUUAUUCCUACUUCAAGACCAUUGUUGAAGCACCUUCGUUUUUGGAAGGACUUUGGAUGAUUAUGAACGACAGGCUUACUGAAUAUCCCCUUGUGAUUAAUACAGUAAAACGUUUCCAUCUUUAUCCAGAGGUAAUCAUUGCUAGCUGCUAUCGAACAUUCGUGGGAAUAAUGAAUUUAUUUGGGCUAGAAACUAAGACCUGCUGGAAUGUCACCAGAGUACAACCUCUUAAUGAAGUUCAAAGCUGUGAAGGAUUGGGAGACCCUGCUUGCUUUUAUGUUGGUGUGAUUUUUAUUUUAAAUGGAGUAAUGAUGGGAUUGUUCUUCAUAUAUGGUACAUACCUGAGUGGGACUCAAGUAGGAGGUCUAAUCACAGUACUGUGCUACUUUUUCAACCAUGGAGAGGCUACACGCGUAAUGUGGACACCACCUCUCCGGGAAAGUUUUUCAUAUCCGUUUCUUGUACUUCAGAUGUACUUUUUAACUUAUAUUCUCAGGACCUCGAACAUUUGUAGAAAAUAUUACAUUGCACUUUGUCUUUCCAAUGUUGCCUUUAUGCUUCCCUGGCAAUUUGCUCAGUUUAUACUUUUUACACAGAUAGCCUCAUUAUUUCCCAUGUAUGUUGUGGGGUACAUUGAGCCACACAAAUUUCAGAAGAUCAUUUAUAUGAACAUGAUUUCAGUUCUCCUUUGUUUUAUUUUAAUGUUUGGAAAUCCAAUGUACUUAUCUUCUUACUAUUCAUCAUCUUUGUUAAUGACAUGGGCUAUAAUUCUGAAGAGAAAUAAAAUUCAAAGAUUGGGAGCAUCUGAACUCAACUUUUGGCUAAUUCAAGGUUGUGUUUGGUGGUUUGGAACAAUUAUUUUGAAAUUUUUGACAUCUAAAAUCUUAGGCGUUUCAGACCAUAUUCGCCUGAGUGACCUUAUAGCAGCCAGAAUCUUAAGGUAUACAGAUUUUGACACCUUGAUAUACACCUGUGCUCCUGAAUUCGACUUUAUGGAAAAAGCGACACCGCUGAGAUACACAAAGACAUUUUUGCUUCCAGUUGUUAUGGUGAUUACUUGCUUAAUCUUUAAAAAGAUUGCUCGUGAUAUUCUGUGUGUCUUAUCUGCAAACACUUUUCUCAGAAAACAGCUCCUUGAAAAUGGUGAGCUGGUUUUUCACACGUUGCAGUUGUUAGCAUUUACUGCCCUUGCCAUUUUAAUUAUGAGGCUGAAGCUGUUUUUGACACCUCACAUGUGUAUUAUGGCCUCCUUGAUCUGCUCUCGACGGCUGUUUGGCUGGCUUUUUUACAGAGUUCGUUUUGAGAAUGUUAUCUUUGGCAUUCUAACAGUGAUGUCAAUACAAGGUUGUGCAAACCUCCAUAAUCAAUGGAGCAUAAUAGGAGAAUUUAAUAAUUUGCCUCAGGAAGAACUUAUACAAUGGAUCAAAUACAAUACCAGACCAGAUGCUGUUUUUGCAGGCGCCAUGCCCACAAUGGCAAGUGUCAAACUGUCCACGCUUCACCCCAUUGUCAAUCACCCACAUUACGAGGAUGCAGACUUGAGGGCCCGGACAAAAAUAGUUUAUUCCACAUAUAGUCGAAAAUCCGCCAAAGAAGUGAGAGAUAAAUUGUUGGAGUUACAUGUGAAUUAUUACGUUUUAGAGGAGGCGUGGUGUGUUGUGAGAACCAAACCUGGUUGCAGUAUGCUUGAAAUUUGGGAUGUGGAAGAUCCUUCCAAUGCAGCUAACCCUCCUCUAUGUAGCAUCUUGCUUAAGGAUGGGAGGCCUUACUUCACCACAGUCUUUCAAAAUAGUAUGUACAGAGUACUGAAGGUUAACUGA